UCAAAAGUUUGCAAUAUUUUAGUAUAACAAAGGUAAAAGAAAAAGAUGUUAAGCACAAAGAUUGUCUCUUUGUUUUUAUUUGCAGCCAUUGUGCUUUGCAUUGGUUUCAGCAAAGUAGAAGGACAAAAAAACAUCGCGCCGUGGGUAUAUAAUAUCAAAUCGAUAUGUUGUAGAGAACAUCCAAGUCUCGGAAGAUGUCUUCCAGGCAUAGAUGAUAAAGCUGAUAAUGAUGGGAAAUGCUGGAAAUAUUGUGUUGAAGGAUGCGAAAGAGGUGGCUUCUGCAAACUUUUUGGAAACAAACAUAUAUGCCAUUGCUAUUGUUAGGCUUAAUUGACCACGAAACGCUAUACUUAAUUAAUGAUAUUAAUGAUAUUCAACUUUU